AUGAACGAAGAAUCUCAAGUAUGGACUGACGAUCAAUCGAACGCAUCGUCCGACUGUAGCGAUAGUAGCUGUGAUUCGCGAUCACACGAAUGGGGCCAGUACAUCGCCAACAAUUCCCUGUUCUUUGUCAAGUUCGAUCUUGUGUGCCACGCAAAGCCUGCCGUCUUCGAUGAUGAUCUGUUUUUUCGCAACGAAUAUCGACGGCUAUCGAUCCGGAAGAAGGAAAGCAUCCUGUCGCGUUUCGGCCAGAAGGACAAGGGCAAACAUAAGCUGUUCCGUGUUAGCGUCAUCGAUACGACGAAAAAGGAACACAUCAACGGUAUACAGAAGGACGUGAUCAUCAGUAUUGCGCCGAAGAAAAAUGUGCCGCUGAAGGAAGUUUUGCCACUGACCGAAACUAUCCUAGGGCUUACCACGAGUCUGUUUCCGGAUGGCCGGAAACUGAUGGUCGACAAGAUCAAAGAUUAUUCGGUGUUUGCCAAGGGAAAGCUGGUAAAGUCGAAAGAUUGGAUAAAGUCCAUCGAUACCGAGCAGGUUACGGUGGACAAUUUCGAAUCGCUGCUCGAAGGUUCGACAAAGAUACCGACGAUUAUAAAAAUUUCCUUUUUUGAAAUGAUCGAACCAGACAUCAGCAAUGCGAUUGAGAUCAAGAUAACCAACUUGAUGGAUUUGAUCCAAAGUCAGGAAACACUGUUCGACAAAGAGGACAUACAAUCCAUGAGCAAUAACGAUCUGAUCUUUAGCAUGAUCUACAUCUCCAAGGAAUACACGCAGAACGACGAGCUGGAUGUGAAGUUUUGCUACCCAACCCGGGAAAACAAUUACCUGUUCAACUCCCGAGGAAGCUUCGUGACGUUGCAUUCCAUUUUCAAUCAAUCGUUCAACCAGCAGUCGAUAAUGACGAAUCUGAAGAUCAAGAAUGUUCUUUACUACACGACCUACACCGUGCUGGACGAUGGAAUACUGCUGCUAGGGUUCAGCUCAAAAUACUCAUCGGUAUUUGCUGUUAAGCAGAAAAGUGAACAGAUUUGUCGAUUUUUAAACGCUCUGUAUCGGAGCGGCACCAUCAUGUUUAAUAGACCGAUCGAGCAGCAAACCGAGCUGAUGCAGCUGUGCGAAAUGAUCCGUCACUCGAUCAAAGCGAACAGAAAUUGUGAUAAGUUUGAGAAAACUUUCCCGCAGGCACAUUUCGUUCCGCUGCCUAAAGAAAUACAGCUUCGUAUAGAUGAUGCGCUCGGCGAACUGGAAGCGAUGGAUUAUCGCAAUUGGAAUGAUGAUUUUGUCGAUCUGUUCUGUUUGCUGACCGUGAUCGGCUGUGCACUGUACUACAAGCAGCAUUUGAUAUGUACUCAUUUGAGCGGUGAGUAUAUGAUGGACAUUGAGACGAUGUUAAAAAAUCUGGGCGUAUUCGAAAUUCUUACCACAACGGAUGUGAAGAAUAUGGCCAUCUGGAGAAAGUUUUACCCGAAGCAGUACUGUGAGGAUGGGUUUCACGAGAAAAACGACGCCUAUCUUAUGCUUGUGUCGAUCGGCAAUCUGCUGAUGGUGGUUGUGCUCGAAGUGCCGAUUGAUACGACCCAUAAUAAAUCGUUUUCCCGGUACGUCGAUGAAAUACAAGACAUGCUGAGUUACUUUAAAUCGACGGGCAUUGAAAAUCUUAUACGCAUCUGGAUUGACUCAAACAGACGUCCGCAGUGCAUUCCAACGAACGUAGGCAAGCAGGCUAACGAUCAAACACCGCACGAAGACCGUACGGCGCAACAGAUUCGAAGUCACGACGAGGAAUCAAACGCAUCCAGCUCGAUCAAGAACCAAACCAUCCGGGAGGAACUAAAUCCGGAACCGGACGAUGAUGAUGAUUCCGAUUGGGGUCAAAGUAUGGACAGUAGCCAGCGUAGCAGCAGUUUUGACAUUACGGAUUUAUCAGAGAACCGUUGUAAAGAAUUUUCGGAGCUCAUUCCAACGCAACUUACGACAGGGUUGGACAAUCUGUUGUUCUAUUACGUCCAGCUCGAGGUUGGCGAUGGCUACUUCCUUGCGCCCACGAUCAAUAGCGCUAACGUGAAGAAUGACAUCGUAAUGAAUCUGUUCCGCAAAACCUGCACGCUUAUUCAUGCAACUUUUGAAAAUACAAAAAAGUUUCGUAACCUUCUGGCGCGAGAAUCGAGCAAGUUGAACACACAACGAUCGCUGGUUGCAAUCAAGGAGCAAGGUAUGUUGCUGUCCGUACCGAAAGAUCAUGGAUCUGGCGAGCGGGUUGAGUUUUGGGUUGUUGGCCGACUGUUCCACAGUCCGGACAAGGAGCUGUAUGUUUGUCAUCGGGCUGAUGCGCCACAAAAUAUGGUUGAAUUAGCCUUUAGAAUCUGUCUUACUUGUGCCGGAUAG